AUGGGCCAUAUCCGCAAAGUAAGCCGAAUGCCCAAGUGCAACCUCAUCGACUACCAUGUCCCAACGGCAGAUGAGAACUCAAGCCCAAUCUGCACGCUGCACACCACUGAACCCAACGGUCAGUUCGUGUUCGCCCCACUGAGGUUCGAGUCUGGUGUGGAGCAUCGAUUCAUCAUAGGCACAGAAAGCAGCGAAUCAAUCAUACCGAAAUCAGCAUUCACUACCAUUUGUCCCAAUGCUGUUCCAGCCCCGACUUCUGUGCGCAUUCAUGGGGUUUCCUGCCAUCAAUUGCAAUUGCUUGGGGAAACGGUGUUGUGCGUUCAAUCUGGGUCCUGUCUGUCAAUCCCAAUCCGAUUCUUGGUAUCAGCCCACAGGCCGUCUAUUCUGGACUUGCAAGCAAUGCGGCUACUACAAGGAUCCAUCACACUACACACCAACAACGAUAUGCCAAUCACCUCACAUAUUCAACAUUUGAUUGUACAGUGUUCCGGUACCGUUGGUGGCAUGAAAGUACCGUCGGUGAAGUUGGAAGUGGACGGUGAACCUAUUUUCCUAAAACGACGCGUCCUCCCAUACGGUCAACUGGUGUCCUAA